CUAUGGUUUAUCUAAUCUUUAAAUUUCUAAUUGUUAUUCCCUUUUGCAUUGUUAGUUAGAUAAUUAAGUUUUCUGAACUAUGUUCUUAAUAGUCUAAGUAGUUACUAGAACUUAUUUUUGUUACAGCUUUAAAAAAAUGUUUCGGUGCACAUUGUCUGUGAUCCGAUGUUUACGACCGAUUUUAGUUCCUUACGUUAAUGGGACUACGGUUAUUUGCAAUGAAACUAGAAGUCUCUCAACUGUAAUAAACAGACAGCAAAGCAUUAACAAAAUAGGAUUACCUGGACCAGCAUUAAUACAAAACAAACAGAUCCUUGAUAUAUGUAACAGAAUAACACCUAUAUCUGUUAGAACAGUCACUAAGUUUAGUUUAAAGAAGGGUAAACGAAAGACUGUUAAAGCUGCAAUACGACGAUUCUUGAGACUUGACUGGGGUGGCUGGAUCCGGACAAAAGUAGGUAGAAAUAAAAAAAUCUGGAAGAAAUCGCAACCUCAAAGGAGGCGUUUAAGGCAGCACGUAUUUUGUAAUGCAACUCAGUCUACAUUGCUAGAUAAAAUGGUAACAAAGUUCUGGAAGAAACCUAAAUAUUAUGUAGAUGAUCCAUAUGCUCCAUAUCACACCCGGGAAGAAUAUCAUAUAACAAGGAAAAGACCUACUAAUCACUAAGAUUAUAUAUGUCAGAUAGAUUGAUCUAAUUAUUUUGAUUCGUACAUUAUAUAGCUGUAGUAUAUAUAAAUGUAGAAGCAAAUUUAAAUAAAUAAUGGACUUUAA